AAUAUAACGUAUGGGUUUUUGCGCUACGCUCAGGCCAAACUUCUUCGCCUGGCUAUUCUGUGCUCGGGCCUAUUGCUAAUCAAAUCGAAGCUUUGCUGGGAGUAAUUUCAAUAUGGAAUUCGGUUGAAGCCUUCACAUAUCUUAAUGCUGUAAUUUUGUAUUUACCUUGUCACUUAUUUUUCUGUUCUCACUUUUAAGGUGGUGCAAAUCUAACGCCCACAAUGCUUACUAACCUCAGCGGUUGCUAAGUGCAGCACCGAUGCUUGCUUUCUGAUCACUAACCAUUGCCACCUCUCCUCCAGAUAUAAUCCAAACGACAGCCUACUAGCACCUGAUUGUAGGUCUGGGAAUGAUUAUUUCCUGAAACAAUAAUGAAUGAUUUCACAAGGCCUACUGCAUACUAUGGGCAGUCAUCGACAGUGUCGCGUAUGCAGCAGCAGUACUGGACCACCAAGCAGGCAUUCUUCCGCAAGAUUGGUCGCAAGGAAGAUGACUGUAUCAUUGCCAGCGAUGCUGAGCUCGAUGCCAAGCUCGAGCUCUUCGGGGCCAUCCAGGAGUCCUGCACUAACUUGCUGCGGGUGCUGGAAAACUACCAAGACCGCAUAUUGGCACUCAGCCAAGAAGAGAAUGCAUUGGGACGUUUCCUGAAAGAAUGUGGAAAACAGGACAAGACCCGAGCUGGCAAAAUGAUGGGUGCAACAGGAAAGACAAUGAGCUACUCUGCGCAGCAAAGGCUGACCCUACGUGUGCCUCUGGUGCGCCUCUAUCAGGAAGUGGAAACCUAUCAAUUCCGUGCUAUUGCUGACACUCUGGCUACUGUUGAGAAGAUGGAGCGGUCCAGGACAGACUACCGGGGGGCUCUGCUUUGGAUGAAGGACAUCUCGCAACAACUGGACCCUGACACGUACAAACAGUUGGAAAAGUUCCGAAAAGUGCAAGGGCAUGUGAAGCGCACCAAGAUGCAGUUUGAGAAGCUUAAACUGGACACACUACAGAAGGUUGACCUGCUUGCAGCUUCACGCUGCAACAUGUUUUCUCAUGUGCUGGCCACCUACCAGAAUGCACUACUCUCCUUCUGGGAAAAGACCUCCUCCACUAUGACCAAUGUUGCGGAGAGCUUCAAAGGGUACCAGCACUAUGACUUCAUCGUUGUCAAGGAACUCCAAGAGCCAAGUAGAAAACUGGCCGAAGAAAUGGGCAAUGGUGAAGAAAAGGCCAGUAAAGAAGAUGGCGACAAAGACAGAUAUUCUAAAACUUCAGCAUCAGGUGCAGAAGACCAUAAGAUGUUGUUCUUUGAGUCGGAGUACCACGACGACGAGAGCAAGCGGGACUCGCGAGCCAAGGACAAAAAGCGCAAGAAGAAAGAGAAACCUCGGCGUGCUGGUGAUGGUGUGGCAGGCCCUGGUAGUGUAGCCAGCAAGGAGGGUUCCCGGUUGGACGCUGAUUCCAAAUCGCAGAGCAGCCUGGAUGAUGUGCCCCUGCUCAGCCUGGAUGAGUCCACGUCCGAAGAACGGCCCCACUUUGCCUCGGCUGCACUGCGCGACACUGGGCGAGAAGACCUGCUGACGCACAACCCUGAGAUCAGUGACUUGGAGAAGGACGACAUGACCUUGCUCUCAGAGAUCCUGGCCUCGUCUGAGUCAGUCUACCCAACUGCUUUUGAAGCAGGAGCGCCUGAGGAUAGCUUUGCCCAGCAGUGGCAGACAGCCUUUGGCCAUCAACCACCUAGUCCACAGAAGAGCCUCUCUUUCGGUGGCUCACUACUCACCAAACCUGAGCCACUGGCCAACGCUCCAGCUGCAGCAGCCACUACGCUGCAACCGGCCCCAGCCAGCGAUGUCCCAUCGCAGUUUCUUCCAUCACAGCUGCUUGACCUUGAAGAUGGCAUUGGAGCACUUGAAAGCAAGGGCAUACCAGCUGAAGCCCUAGUCCAGAGCUUGGAGCCCAUUAAGCCUGUGUGUCAGGGGCCUGCUGCUGUGACUACACAGAAAGCCCAGUCAACACCAGGACCCAUGAGUAGACCGAAUCUCAAGAAGGAUAAGAGAGACAUGUCUGCCUGGUUUAAUCUGUUUGCUGACCUGGACCCCCUGGCCAACCCCGAUGCCAUUGGGAAGAAGUCGACUGAAGAAGACCGAAACUGUUGAGAGCCCUUGAGCGUUCUGAGAAGGUAGAUGCAUGUUCUGGCACCUACUCUGUGGGCAUUGUGUGAAAGGGCACCACAGUGGAGCCAUCCUGCGACAUUUGAGCCACCCAGCAACCUUCCCCUCAAAAUUUCUGGUUGUGCACAUUAAAGGAGCACUUCAGCGACCCUGAAUGAAAGCAAUGUGUGCUCUGUAGGUGUAGUUCUUGCAGCUGGUCUUUCAUACCUUUCUUUUCUCUUGUAUUUCUUUAUGCACCCUGGUUAAUGAAAUGUAACUGGAAGCAAUGGGACUUUGGACUUCAAUCUUCAGUAAUCUCUUUAGCAAGUUCUCUUCAUGUGAUUGCCACGCUUGGUACUGGAAGAGAGCCAUUCUCAAGGCAGUGUUAUGCUGUUGUGCGAGGAACUGGUCUUGAAUCGUAACAGGUUACGGCAGCCUUGGUGAAUGUUAAUAAAGAGAAUUGCUGUCCACUUUUUUCACUGUUGUACAGUCUGAAGAUUUUGUAUGCUGUGUUGUACCUACAGAGCUGGUGUGUGUGUGCACAUUAUGUGGCAUGGUUUUGUGCACGGGUGGCUUAGGAGUAAACAAAGUACACCUCAGUGGGGGGCACAUUCUUGAAUAUGGUGCUUUCCAUGAGUUAAGAACUUUCAUGAUCUACCUACCGAUGUAGGUAGGCUUGUUUUGUGGAAUUGUUAAGGAAAAUGUCUUGAAAAACAGCCUGCUCAUCAAAUGUUAUGUAGGUCAUGGAGUUGUGUCUAUGAUUAAAGUCCUUUCAUGUUUUAUUUUGUGAAGCAUAUUGAGUUAAUAGUGUAUUUUUAUUCCAUGCAAUGUAUUAUAGUGCAAAUGCUUUUUACACUGACCUCAAAAGGCAUUUGUUCUACAAUGUGUUGGUACUUUUAGCGAGCAAUUCAGUUACUAAAUUGUGCUCAGCUGUUAAAUUUCCUUUCAUUUGACUGAUAGAUUAUAUUCUUUUAUAGGCAACUUUUGACCCUUAAGCAGGUACUACCUACAUAUGCAGAAGAGGGGAACUGUGUCAACUUUUCUUUUCAUUUUGUUCAUUGCACAGAACUCGCGAAUUCUGCCUUCUGUUGCUAUUUGAGUAAAGGGAAAGGUUCCCUUAAAAAAGACACUCUCAGGAUUUUUUUUUUUCUUCAUAUUGCUUGAUAUCUUUUUUUUUUAAUUGACAUUCCAAGUUAAAGAAUUAUAUUAUUUUUAUAUGCAUUUAUGAUAUGUGCAAUUGGAUUCUGCUUUUCUUGGUCGCUUUUGAUACAAGAGCUGUCAUACACUUCUAGUCACUUUUUUUUUCUUGUCUGUUGUGUUAAUUCUUGUGAGAGGAUUGUUAUGUUUGCUCUGUACUUCAUUUAUUUAUAAGAGCAUUUAUUUUAAUUUCUUGACCGUUAACUUUUAGCAUUGAUAGCAAAGCUAUUGGUUGUAACUGCUUUAUCAGAAACCUGAAUCUUUGUUGAGUGCUUCUGUUCUUUGUUGGGAAGGGAAGCAUUCAUAUAAAAUUAGCCUGCCAUUUGAUGCAUGAUUUAAUGUCAAACUGUUCUGUUAAUGAGUCAUUUUAUCAUUAGAGGUUGCAUUUAGCUGCUCAGAGCUUUGUUGUUGCGACUGUGUUUUGUUCUAUAUUAUGUGCAGAUUGUGCUAUUCUGGCUUUGCAGUGUCGGGAAGGGAUGACUUGUGCAGUAAUACUUUUGGUCACUGUGCAAGCAUUCUUGGUUAAAUAAACAUGU